CUUGUUUUCCCCACCCCCUACCAACCAGCGACACCCCAUGCCAUGAAUAUAUAUAUACAUAUAUAUAUAUAUAUCGAAAGAAACAGAAAGAAAGAGAGAAAGAGAGCAUAUGGUUAAAGGGACAUAAGUUAUUGACCAAAGUAGAAAGCAGCAUAUAAUGUCAGCCCACCUCUCCUUCUCAUCUUUUAUUGCUCGUUUCUGUGUUUUUGUGAAACAUAUCUCAAUGGCAUGCCAAUCGCUCUAUCCAACAUUUUAGGGUUUUCUGCACACACACACACACACACACAUAUAUAUAUAUAUAAGGUUGAGUAUUUGAGAGAGAGAAGGAAAAGGAAUUGAUAUGGGGAGAGGUAGGGUUCAGUUGAAGCGGAUCGAGAACAAGAUCAGCAGGCAGGUGACCUUCUCCAAGAGAAGGUCAGGUCUGCAGAAAAAGGCUCAUGAGAUCUCUGUGCUCUGUGAUGCUGAGGUUGCUUUGAUUGUUUUCUCUACCAAAGGAAAACUCUUCGACUACUCCACUGAUUCCAGAAUGGAAAGAAUUGUUGAAAGAUAUGAACGAUACACUUACUCCCACCAAAAAGUAAGCACGGAUUCUGAACAGGAAAAUUGGUGCCUCGAGUAUCCAAAACUGGUGGCUCGUGUUGAACUUCUACAAAGAAAUAUGAGGAACUAUGCGGGACAGGAUUUGGAUUCCCUGAGCUCCAGAGAGCUGCACAGUUUGGAGCAACAACUUGAAAGUGCUCUGAAGAGAAUCCGAACAAGAAAGAACCAACUGAUGAACGAGUCCAUAUCUCAGCUUCAAAGAAAGGAGAAAUCACUGCAGGACCAAAACAACUUGUUAGCAAAGCAGCUCAAGGAAAAGGAGAAGCAGCAAACCUUAGAGGAGCAGACACAGCAGGAACAAGAGGGUUUACCUCAAACUCAAUCCACCUUCAGACUUCCUCAGUCUCCCCCAGAAUUACAUAGGAUUCCUUCCUUGGCUAUUGGUGCUGGUUCCCAGCACCGAACUGGAGAUGAAGAAACCGGCAGUCCAAGUCGGCCAACCAGUUCCAACACCCUCAUUCCACCAUGGCUCCUCAGCCAUGUGAAACCGUGAUGGCAAAUUCAGACAUAUUCCCAAGUUGUACUUUUUCAUGUGGUCAGUUUUUCUAUGUAAAAUCUGUCGAAUUAGAUUCUACUUGUCACCAUGUACUAUAAAUAAGGAAGCGAGCAAUAGAUUUCCUCUUUUUUCUCAGUA